GACUUAACUGUACAUUAUAAGUUAUUAAUUCUUUUAAGUUUCACAUAUAAAUCAUUCUAUUCAGCUAAGAUGCAUUUGAUGUACACUACUGGCCCAGACGGCAAGAGAAUUUAUACCUUAAAAAAGACUACUGAAGAAGGUGAAAUCACUAAAUCUGCUCAUCCAGCUAGAUUUUCACCAGAUGAUAAGUACUCCAGACAAAGAGUCACUUUGAAAAAGAGAUUUGGUUUAUUACCAACUCAAAACUAAAUAUGUUGAUCCAUUAUAUUUACUUGAAUUAGUGGACUGAUUAGUAAAAGCUAGAAAUAAAUUGCCAUAUACUUAGGUGAUUCCCCAGAAUUUGAUAAUUACUAUAUUACAUCUAUAUGCUAAUGUAUCAAUAGUUUUAUAUUAUUUUCACCAUUUAUCACACAUUUUACAUCCAAUUAAAGAUUUCAAAAUGCUGUUACUAUCAUGCUGAUUUUUUUACAGAUAUAUUUCAUCAUCAUUAUAUUUUUUUGUUUAUUCUUCUUCAUACGAAGAAUUCAUGUGUACCAUAUAUAUAUAUUUACCAUCCGUAUACAAUGUACGACAGUUUAACCUUAGGAAU